AUGACGUCACAGCGCGUGAGCCAGCGGCGCCUGCUGACCGCGUCCCGGCGCUUCCUCACGUCGGCCUCUUGCGCCUCGAGCGAGGCCGUCGCCACGUACUGCCGCAAUGUCGAGUUUGCGCUCAAGCACAUGGAGCUGGAUCCGAGCCUGAGCUGCACGCCCGAGUACGACGAGCUUGUCGGCGUUCUUGGCGAUCUCCACGGUCUCUGCCCUCCCCAGUUUCGCCACGAGAACCAAAUCUUUCCGCCGCCAGACGUCCUGCGGCGACGACGCGUCCAGGCGGUCGAGCGCGCUGCCGAGCCGCCGACAAAGAGCCACGUGGACUCGAUCUUGUCGCAGCUGGAAGAGCACGUACAGAGUGGCUGGGACGCGCAGAACGUCAGCCUCAUGGACGACACCAACGAUCUCAUCGAGGACUUGGACGAUCUCCUUGGCGCCACGCCGCAUAUGCCGGAACAGCCGACGGCCUCGCUCAAGGACAUGCGCGAGAAGCUCGGCAUUGCGGGCACGAGAGGCGUGCGCGCCAGCGCCUCGGCCGAGCAGUCGAAAGAAGAGAAGGACGCGAUGGAGGCCGAGAUGUACCAAAUGACACAGCACUUGAAGGCGUACGCGCACAGCUACGACGAGUCGCUCCAAGACGACGCGGCGCUCAUCAACAGCGUUGCCGACCGCGCGCAGGCCAACUUGGCCAAGCUCGACUCGGAGAACGCGCGGCUCGAGGUGCAUUUGAACAACGGGCUCACGAUGUGGAAGAUGCUGCUGCUUCUCGCGCUCGUCUUUGUCGUCUUCCUCGGCAUGUAUAUCUUUAUGAAGCUCUUUGCGCACCGACGCUACCCGCUUUUUUAA